CCUGCAGCCGCGCCUCUUAUGAAACGGAUCAUCGAGUUGAGAGGAGCGAGCAAGCAAUGAAAGGGAGGGGUAGAGCCGAGGCAGAGGGAGGAGAGAAGAGGGCACACGCACCCGAUCAGAGCACAACAAACGGCAGUCCACCCUGAGCCUGGGGGAACCGAAGGCUUCUCACUCCGUCAGCAGGACAGAGCACACUGGACCAGGAGCUUCAGACUCUGGAGAAACCUGCCAGCGAGGCACAACCUCAACACAUGAUCAUAGAGCAGCAGGAAAAGGCAAGACAUCAUUGCUCUGAUUCUCUCUCUCUUUCAAGCUCGCUCUCCGCACACACUCUCACUCAUUCUCCUUGACGCACACAGACACACUCCCUCAUUAUCUUGCAUGUGAGUGAGGCUAUUUCUCUCCAUCCUGAGCAGAAACCUCUGUGCUAUUCUUACACAGCUGCAACGUUGCUCCAGCUGCCGUUUUCAAAGGGAAGUGAAGGCAAACCGGGGCUUUUCUGCGUGGCGUGUCGUUCAGAGACUGACCCAUCAAGCCUAGUGGGACAUCCCAACCAUGGAGAACACUCUCACCUGUACUCCCACCACCUUUUCCCAGGUCUUCGGCCGGCAAGGACAGCUGAUGCAAGCUACUGUGCAAUCUCUGAACAGCCUGAACGACCAGAUCGCUCACUUCAUGGUGAAGAGACCCAAUGCCAUGAGCCACGAAGAGGACACCUUUCUGCCCACCGAGAGAGAUACUUUGAGCCAAUCCAUGGCUCUAAUGAGACACCUGCUCAUGGAUGCACAGGGCAAAAUCCUGAAAAUGAUGGAGGACAACAAGCAGCUGGCUCAGCGGAUCGAUGGGGCCAUUCAGUCGGCCAGCCAGGAGGUGACCAACCUGCGCUCCGAGCUCUCCGCGACCAGCCGCAGACUGGCCGAGUUGGGGGCAUGCAACCCCGUCGGCCUGGAGAACAACCAGCAGAACCACCAUCACCACCAUCACCACCUCCACGAGCCUGCGGUCCACCACCGGCAGAAGGCACUGGUUUCUGAUCUCACUUUCCAGACAGGCAUGUCGAGCUUGAUGGACUUCGGCACUCCAGAUUCUUCACUUGACAAGGUGUUGCUGAGGGAGGAGGUGGCUCAGUUACAGGAGGAGGUGCACCUCCUCAGACAGAUGAAGGACAUGUUGAGUAAAGACCUGGAGGACUCGCACGGCGGCUGCUCGGCCGACACGCUGUCCGCUGCCGAGCUCAAGGUGCAGUUGGGGGAGAAGGAGCAGGAGCUGGAACGUGCCAAGGAGGCCUUACAAGCUAUGAAGGGUGAUCGGAAGCGGUUGAAGGCUGAAAAGGCUGACCUGGUGAACCAGAUGCAGCAGCUCUACACCACACUGGAGAGCCGAGAAGAGCAGCUCCGAGACUUCAUUCGAAAUUAUGACCAGCACAGAAAGGAGAGCGAGGACGCGGUAAAGACUCUGGCCAAAGAGAAGGACAUGCUGGAGAGAGAGAAAUGGGACCUGCGCCGGCAGACUAAAGAAGCCACAGAACAAGCCAGCGUCCUGCGCUCCCAGAUAGACAUGAAGGAGAACAGAAUCAAAGAGCUAGAGGCAGAGCUCACCAUGGCAAAGCAGUCUCUGGCCACUCUCAAUAAAGACGUGCCAAAGCGUCACUCUGUGGCGAUGCCAUCAGAGCCGGUGGUGAACGGCAGUCAGGAGUGGGUGAUGCAAGCAGACCUUCCCCUCACUGCGGCAAUCAGACAGAGUCAACAAACCCUGUACCAUUCACACCCCGCUGACAGGCAAGCUGCUUUGAGGAUCAGCCCCUGUCACUCCCGCCAGCCCUCCGUCAUCUCCGACGCCUCGGCUGCCGAUGGCGACCGCUCAUCCACCCCGAGCGACAUCAACUCGCCCCGCCACCGGACUCACUCCCUCUGCAAUUCCAUGGAGGACCUCGAGGACCAGAAGCGUAAGAAGAAGAAGGAGAAGAUUAGUCUCGGCUCACUUUCUCGAGUGUUUGCCCGGGGUAAAUCUCAACGCAAGUCCUUGGAUCCGGGCCUGUUUGAUGACUCAGACAGCCUCUCCAGCCAGACCCAGCCCAGCCUAUCAGAUGGCGAGGAGCAGCUGGAGCGGCUGCAGCAGGCGGAGCUUACGCGGAGCAAGCCCAUGUCUCUGUGGAGGGCGCUCACUGUGCAGGCCUGGCUGGAGGUUGUCAUGGCAAUGCCCAUGUACAUGCGCGCCUGCUCUGAGAAUGUCAAGAGUGGGAAGGUGUUGUUGGGGUUGACCGAUGAGGAUCUGGAGCUGGGGUUGGGAAUCAACAGCCCCAUGCACCGCAGGAAGCUGCGUCUAGCUAUUGAGGACUACCGAGAAGCAGAGAAUGGACGAGGACUUUCCAAAGCUGCUGAUUUGGAUCAUCACUGGGUGUCUCACACCUGGCUGGGUGACGUCGGGCUCCCCCAGUACUCGCAGGUCUUCCACAACCAGUUAGUGGACGGCAGAGUGCUGAACUCUAUCACACGAAGAGACCUAGAAACCAUCUUCAACAUCACCAACAAGUUUCAUGUUACCAGCAUCCUAUCAGCCAUUCAAUUUCUUCAAAUGCUUAAUUUCGACAAAGAGAUUAUACAGGCACGUCGUGCUCAGUGUGAGAAUCGAGAUCUGGAUCCGGUGGUCUGGACCAGCCACCGUGUCAUUAAAUGGAUCAGAGACAUUGAUCUUAAGGAGUAUGCUGACAGCCUUCAGAACAGUGGCAUCCAUGGAGCUGUGAUGGUUCUAGAUCCGACCUUCAGUGCGGACAGCAUGGCCAAGGCUCUAGACAUCCCCAACAAUAAACACAUGAUCCAUCGUCAUCUAUACGAGGAAAUGAAAGUGCUUCUCAACCCAGCAAGAACUAAUCAGGCUCAGGACUACAGGAAAGAAGGGACUCCUACACAUUCACCUGCCUCAAACUGCCGCAAAACUGAUGAAGGAUUUUCUCCCAAGCAAAAAGUUGGCAAGAGCCCUUUGAGAUUCAAUCCACUGGUCGCUGUUGGGAGGGACUUCACUUUUCAAGGCGGGUGUGGAUCACCACCCAGAGAAGAUCGCAUCAAGAUCCUGCAAAGGACCAAGGGCAGUCCCAUGCACGGUUACUCGAGCAUAGAGAUCACGAAUGUCUAAAGCCAACACUCUAUGUUUACCUUGGAUGAACUAGGAAGAGUGAACCUCCCCUAACCUCUAAAUGGACCAAAUGAGCUCAAUUAUUUGUAAAA